AUGCUGGCGAUCGAGUCAGGAAUGACCAUGGAAGAGAUAAACAAGUGCUCGCUGGCCGCGAGCAACGCGUGGGCAGACGAAUGCAUGGCUAAGGCCAUCGUGCCCUCGAAGGCCAAUGUGCAGGCUGUGGCCAUUCGCGGAUCAGGGCCUUCAGACAAACUCACAGUCAACACUGCUCCCAGCGAUGCGCAGCCACUAGUCAAAACCCGGCCUGAGUUCGAGAAGGUGUGGAACACGUACGGCAGCAGUGCUGGAUCAGGGAGUUGCUCCAUUCCCAUCUAUUACAAGCAUCGGAGGAUUGAGAUGGCGAGGCUAGAAAAGAUGGACAAAGACCAUGCGGCUUUAGAGGAGGCGACAGAAUUUCAGGCUAAGAGAGAAGCUGCGAUAGCUGCAGAUGAAGCUGCAACAGAAAAGAAACGCGCUAAGCGUCAGAAAAGGAAGGACGCAAAGGCAAAGAGCGAGCAGUUAAAAAAGGAAGCAGAUGGCAUCAACAAGUUUGGCAGUGAUGGCAGCUUCUUAGAGAUGAUGGCGAAGAUGGACCCCAAGGUACUGGAGGAGGAAGCCAGAAAGGCCAAGGAGGCAGCAGCCGCUGCUGCCAAGGAGGCAGCAGCUGCGAAAGCGUCAACCAUCACGCCGUCCCAAAUGAGCUCCGAGCAGAACAUCUCCAUUCGAGAUGUGGAGGACUAG